AUGCACAAGUGCUUGAAUGUAUCGGAGAUCUUACACAACAUCUGUACCAAGGUGCGGAGGCUUGGAGAGCUCGAGCUCGACGAGGCCACGCACGAACAGUUGUUCGAGGCGCGUCGGACACUUUUCCGCCUCGCAUUGACAUGUCGCGCACUGAAAGAUACUGCUUUGGACGUACUAUGGGGAGAUCUCGAUUCCCUUUACCCCCUUCUGUGUUCCUUACCCAACCUGCAAACCAUGUCUGGCGAUUAUAUUGAAAUCGGCAGAGCACUGCGAGCGUCUGAUCUGGAAAUUUUCCAGAAAUAUGCAAAACGCGUACGUCGCCUCGGAUGUGGCCAGGAAGCGCUCAAUAUGGCGGACGUGCUACGAGUUUUGUGUAGUUUUCCUGCCCCCAACGGGUCUUUGCUCCCGAAUCUGCGCCUACUAUCUUGGGACUGUGACGACAGUGAUACGUUUCCUUUCAUCCGAUACUUCCUUCACCCGUCUCUUAUUUCUCUACGAUUACUGGGCAAGCUGUGGCGUCCGCCCAAGGCGUCUUUCAUGACAUUUCUCCCAGUGCACUGCCCCCACCUACAUUCGCUCAGCUGCGCUUCCCUGAAUCGUUCAGCCACGAAGCCCAUAUCGGAUUAUAUCUGCCAAUCCCAUGAGCUCCAUCAUGUGGAUUGCGGAUUGCCUAAUGAGGCUGCUGUGAAGCAUCUCAUGAAACUGCCCUCGCUGAAGGGCUUCACCAUCACUCUGACCGAAGAGGACGGGCCGUACGAUGGAUACAAAGGAGAGUUCUGCCCGCAGCUCGCUACCUUCAGCAUCAUCGCAGGGUCGUUAAACCAAGCAAGAAUGUUCUUUCGCAACCUGCAGCUCUCGCCAACCCACCUUCAUUUCAAGACUUCGACUAUGACCAAAUGUGAAGACAUUCGGAGGAUCUUCAAACAGCUGCCAGAUCACUUCUCUCCAGCGAAGUUAGAAAGUCUGCAGCUCACUGUUGAAAUCAUUCGAAGAAACCUAGACACCACCGAUACCGAAUGCGACCUCGACAUUCACGCGCUCAAGGAGCUUUUCAAAUUCAGGAAUCUCGUUGAUGUCCGCCUCGAAGAUUCAUGCAUGUUAGGCCUCAACGACAACGACAUGUCCGACUUCGUUUCCUCAUGGCCUAACAUCGAGGUACUGAAACUUGGUACCGGAUUCGAAUGGAGCGUUCCUGACGACGACGAGAUUGCGACCUCGGGAAUCACACUCAAGGGCCUCAAUACACUUGUGUCUGGUUGCCGGAAGUUACGAGUGCUUGGGCUUGUUUUUGAUGCUUGCAUCACCAACGAGGACGACAGGGCUAUACGGUUCCACACGAAGCAUCAGAUCAAUGAAAAUGUCGAAGAAUUCGAUGUAGGCGGAUCUAUUAUUAAUGAUGCAGUAGCCGUGGCCGUUUUCAUCUCGUCCCUUAUGCCGAAGUUGCGGGCGCUCAAGUUUGUAACUGUGUAUUACGAGGGGGGGAAACUGCGACAAGUCUCUGACUCGCGGCCUACUUUGUGGACUCAGGUGAACAUGAUGUUAGAGUUCGCGAAUAUUCGAGAACAGAGGAGGCGUGAGGGUCAAGCAGGGUGGGCAGAUUCGGGCGAUGAAGAGGGAUCGUUGAUUAAACCCGAGUUCUCGGUAUUUGGCCAAAGUUCUCUCUCUCGAGUCGAAGAUCCUUCUAAGGUUCCGACAACUCCCAGCACACUCCGUUCGUCCAUGUUGAAAACCUGA